CCUGUUGAUCACGUGAUCUGUGUAAACUCUCAAGUCUCAAAUCUCAAACUGUCAAGCUAAAACUAAAAGCCCUUCUGUCUUGUUGCUCUAGAUUCUAGUCUGUAGCUCUAUACUCUAAUUUGAAUCAUGUCAAAAAGAGCUCCUCCUCCUAAACCAGUCCCCAGACCUAAGCCUGGUCAAGUCCAAGUUUUUAAGGCCAUAUAUGCAUAUACAGCACAACAGGCAGAUGAGCUUACUUUUGCUGAAGGAGACACUAUAUAUGUAUCUGAGAAGAGAGAUGACGGAUGGUGGAAAGCUACCUGUAACAAAAAGACAGGCCUUGUGCCUUCAAACUACAUUGAGAGUGGAGCUGAAAGUAUUGAGAACCCUUUGCAUGAGUCAGCAAAAAGAGGAAAUUUACCGUUCUUAGAAGAGUGUUUAGCAAACAGAGUGUCAGUUAAUGGGCUGGAUAAGUCAGGAUCUACUGCCCUACACUGGGCUGCUAGCGGCGGCCAUAUUGAAUGUGUUGAGCGAUUGUUGUCUAUUCCUAAUGUUGAAAUCAAUGUACAGAACAAGUUAGGUGACACUCCGUUACAUAAUUCAGCAUGGAAGGGACAUCACGUCAUAGUAGAGAUGCUGCUUGAUAAAGGAGCAAAUAAAAUGAUACGUAACAAUGAGAACCAGCUCCCGUAUGACUUGGGAUCAAAGCAUCCUGAAGUUGGACGUCUUUUAAAGACUGUGUCUGGAACCAAUGGGGAUGAGUAUGGUGACGAAAACGAUUCCGAUUAAUUUUUUGACUUUUAUUUUUAUUAUUUAGUAUCUUUUGUGUUUGUAGUUCAUUAUCAUUAUCGUGUAUUAUUAUUAUUAUCCUUAGUGUUUAUUGCAGAUUAAUAUCUUAUUAUAACUAUUAUUUUGCUUGAUUAUUUUAGCACUAGAAUGUA